GGAGUCAGUUUGAAUGGACUGUGAGUUACACUUCUACUGAGAUCUGUGCCUUCAGAGGAUCAACAGUGGACAUUAACUCUACCUACACAUACCGAUCCAGGUGGAAUAACCUUGUUACUACAGUUCAGGAAACUUUCUGGUUCAUUAAAGAGAGUAAUGGGAUUCCCGUUGAUCUAAUGACUGAUCUGGAGUAUUCAGGUCGUGUGGAGAAUCUCUGUCGAAACAACAAGUGCACUCUGAGAAUCUCUAACCUGAGAGAGAGCGACUCAGCUGUGUACAAGUUCAGGUUCACAACAAACCAACCUAUUGGGAGUUUAACUGGUUCAACUGGAAUCACUCUGUCUGUCACUGGUAACAUUUACAUCAGAGUAAGUUUGAAAUGUUAACGUGUAUGUUGAAAUAAAAUCACAUGUUUGUUCACAGCCCCUCAGCUCCAGGUACAUGUGAGGAGAUCAACAGCCAAUCCAUCUCCUACCUGGACAGAGCUGACCUGUCACAGCAGGUGUCAGCUCCCUGAUCAUCUUUCCUACGUUUGGUACAAUAACAAUAAACCUGUUGGACGAAAAAAAUACUUUCACCUCCGACACUUUGAUGCUGAAGACAGAUAUCACUGUGCUAUAGAAGGACAGGAGCGUUUCCCUUCUCCUACACUGUAUGCUCCAAAGCCUCCCUCUGUGUCAGUGAGUCCCUCUGGUGAGAUCAUGGAGGGCAGCUCGGUGACUCUGACCUGCAGCAGUGAUGCUAACCCAGCAGCUAACUACACCUGGUACAAGGAGGACAAGGACUCACCAACAGCAUCAGGACAAAACUUCACCAUCACUAAUAUCACAGCUGAACAUGGUGGAAAGUAUCAGUGUGAGGCCCAGAACACACACGGACGUAGUUACACCACCUUACAUCUGACUGUUGGAGCAGGGAAGUCAGUGAUAAUCAUGAAUACCAUCAGGCUGACUCUGAUGGUCGUGCUGGUUCCAGUGCUGGUCUGGACUCUGUGGACGAGGAUGAAGAAAACUCUGAGCUUGAAAUCAGAAGUGAAUGAAGCUGUGGAGAUGAUGGAGUUAGACAACUGUCCUGAGUAUGAGAACGAUGGUGGUGCAGCACAGACAGAAGACACAGAGGAGCAGGAAGACCUGGUGUGAAGCAUCAGGU